AUGACGAUGAUGAUGUCAACAAAUGUUGAUGUAAAUAAUAACGAUAAUGAUGAAAUCACAAAUGAUACCACUACUACUAAAAGUGGUAAUAGUCACGUCAAUUUAGAGCAGCAGUAUUUCAACGGAAACACUAUUUAUCAAACAAAUGAUAAUGUAAACGAUAUCGAUCAUUCCAUACAUAUCACUCCAAUCACUAAUCACCAUCUUCAAGACAGUUAUAUUGCACAUACAAACGGAUAUAAUGUCUGGCCAAUGGAUGAGAAUCAAGAUGAAAUUUAUCAGAAUCAGUGGAAUAAGAGUAAUAAUCACUAUCUUUCAGAGACAGCAAUUGAUGAUAAGAACUUUUCAAAAGACUCAGAAAGUGAUUAUAUUAAAGCAGCACAUAUGACACCUUCUUGUCAUGAAGAAGAAGAUGAAGAACGUUCAUAUAUGAUCAUGACUACAACUCCACCACCAUCUGCUACAUCUACUACAGCCACUACUACUACUCCAUCGAAAGAUAUGGAAAACUUUGGGAAAUUUUUCAUCGAUAAAGAUCAAUUUUUACAGGAUAUACCUCAGAAUACAUCAUCUCAUUGUAGUCCAAAUGAAGAAAAAUUUGACCCAUUGAAAGCUUGGGGUCAUCCACUGGGUCUACCAGCACCAGUUCCGCCAACUACAAAUCAUUCAAAAUUACAUCAACAAACGAAUUUAACUAAACGUGUACGAUCAGCUGAUACAAGUGGGAAGGCAUUAAAUACUGAUGAUUCAACUCUACCACCUGGAUCACCAGUUUAUCUUGAUGCUAUUUGGGUUCCUAGUUAUCUUGUUCGUGUACCACAAUCUUUAAUUGUGGAGUUUUUCAUUCGUGUUCGAGCAAAAUUAUACAUUUUAUCCGGUGAAGCAUUACAUCCUAAUAUCGCUGAAGCGUUAAUUACAGCUAAAACAAAGUGGAAUCCAGAUGAUGUUUCAUAUCUCUGUCGUUGUGAUGCUAAUUCACCUGAUGCCUCUAUAACGAUACUGCCAACAGAUGAACCAAAAGAAUGGAUACGUUGGUUAGAAACACCAUGUGGUCGAUUAGACGAACAGAAAGGUUCUGAUCGUUUAAAGGCAAAUCAUUUUCAUCUGUUACCUGCAGCUAAUCUAUGCAGUACUCAAUUUAAUGCUGGUGAUACGAUAUUUGAGUGUGAAGGAUUACGUGUUGAACUUUGA